AUGAUCAGCUCGGUGUGUGUCUCCUCCUACCGCGGGCGCAAGUCGGGGAACAAGCCUCCGUCCAAAACAUGUCUGAAGGAGGAGAUGGCCAAGGGCGAGGCGUCGGAGAAGAUAAUCAUCAACGUGGGCGGCACGCGACAUGAGACCUACCGCAGCACCCUGCGCACCCUGCCGGGCACCCGCCUCGCCUGGCUGGCGGAUCCCGACGGCGGGGGCCGCCCGGAGUCCGAUGGCGGCGGCGCGGGCAGUAGCGGCAGCAGCGGUGGCGGCGGCGGCGGCGGGAGCUGCGAGUUCUUCUUCGACCGGCACCCGGGCGUCUUCUCCUACGUGCUCAACUACUACCGCACCGGCAAGCUGCACUGCCCCGCCGACGUGUGCGGGCCGCUCUUCGAAGAGGAGCUCACCUUCUGGGGCAUUGACGAGACCGACGUGGAGCCCUGCUGCUGGAUGACCUACCGGCAGCACCGCGACGCCGAGGAGGCGCUCGACAUCUUCGAGAGCCCGGACGGGGGCAGCGGGGGCGCGGGGCCGGGAGACGAGGCUGGCGACGAUGAGCGGGAGCUGGCCCUGCAGCGGCUGGGCCCCCACGAGGGAAGCGGGGGCCCCGGCGCGGGAUCGGGGAACUGCCGCGGCUGGCAGCCCCGCAUGUGGGCGCUCUUCGAGGACCCCUACUCCUCCCGGGCGGCCAGGGUGGUGGCCUUCACCUCUCUCUUCUUCAUCCUGGUUUCCAUCACCACUUUCUGCCUGGAGACCCACGAGGCCUUCAACAUUGACCGCAAUGUGACGGAGGUGCACCGUGUGGGGAAUGUGACCAGAGUGCGCUUAAGGCGCGAGGUGGAGACAGAGCCCAUCCUGACCUACAUCGAAGGUGUGUGCGUGAUGUGGUUCACCCUGGAGUUCCUGGUCCGCAUCGUGUGCUGCCCCGACACGCUGGACUUCGUGAAGAACCUGCUCAACAUCAUCGACUUCGUGGCCAUUCUGCCCUUCUACCUGGAGGUGGGGCUGAGCGGGCUGUCAUCCAAGGCAGCCCGCGAUGUGCUGGGCUUCCUGCGUGUCGUGCGCUUUGUGCGCAUCCUGCGCAUCUUCAAGCUGACGCGUCAUUUCGUGGGGCUGCGGGUGCUGGGCCACACCCUGCGCGCCAGCACCAACGAGUUCCUGCUGCUCAUCAUCUUCCUGGCCCUGGGCGUGCUCAUCUUCGCCACCAUGAUCUACUACGCUGAGCGCAUCGGCGCCCGGCCCUCCGACCCCCGGGGCAAUGACCACACUGACUUCAAGAACAUCCCCAUCGGCUUCUGGUGGGCCGUGGUCACCAUGACCACGUUGGGCUACGGGGACAUGUGCCCCAAGACGUGGUCGGGCAUGCUGGUGGGGGCGUUGUGUGCGCUGGCCGGUGUGCUCACCAUCGCCAUGCCUGUGCCCGUCAUUGUCAACAAUUUUGGCAUGUACUACUCACUGGCCAUGGCCAAGCAGAAGCUGCCCAAGAAGCGCAAGAAGCACGUGCCACGGCCACCACAGCUUGAGUCGCCUAUUUACUGCAAGUCCGAGGAGACCUCACCCCGGGAUAGCACCUACAGUGAUGCCAGCCCCCCUGCCCCAGAAGAGGGUGUGAUGGAGAGGAAACGAGCAGACUCCAAGCAGAAUGGAGAUGCCAACGCGGUGUUGUCAGACGAGGAGGGAGCAGGCCUCACUCAGCCCCUGGCCUCUGCGCCCACUCCAGAGGAACGCCGUGCCCUGCGCCGGUCUGGCACCCGAGACAGAAACAAGAAAGCUGCAGCCUGCUUCCUGCUCAGCGCGGGGGACUAUGCUUGCGCUGAUGGGAGUGUCCGCAAAGGAUGCAAAAAGUCCCGGAGUCUAAACAACCUAACAGCAGCGGCUGGAACCAGUCUGAGGCUGUCUCCACUGGCAUCACGAUACCAUUCGCCCUACCCUCAGAGAAAACUGCUCUCCCACCCUUUUCACCCCUUCACCAACCCACCAUCUGGACCCCCAGGCCCAUAACCACAGCCUUGAUGGUCCCCACCUCUAGCCCACAGGCACACACAGACGCAGACAUCCCGCCCUGCCUUCCUCUUGGGCCGGACGGGGUGUUCAGGACACGAGAUGUCAGGCCCUCCGAGAGCCUCUCCUUCAUGACACACAGUGCCCCCAUAUGUUCAGCUCUGAACCCUGAGACCAGGGAACAGGGUUUGACUGUUCCAAGGGCUACUUUUCUGUCCUGAGCACAGGCACUGCUAGCACCUCCCCAACCCAAGUUCCUGAGCCCUGUCUUAGGGAUCCCAUCUUCAUCACAGCACAUGUAUUUGCAUCCCUUGUGGCCUUCAACUAGCACAUUCAACAGUUAGCUAUCUGUCUGUCUGUCUAUCUAUCCCACACUUAGACCAGCAAGGCAAUCAGGCUGUCCCAUGAGGACUCUGCUGGUGUCAAGAGGUAGGGGGAAGUGGGGCUGCUACUAGGAGCACUGCUGUUCUCCAGUUCUGGUCUGUGGCACAGGUGUGUGUGUGUGGGGGGGGGGUCUAGACUCAGAGACACCCCCUGACACACACACCUCCCUGGAUUGAGUGCCCAGGCACAGGUGAGCCCUCCUAUCCAGGGUCACCUGCUCAGCUGGGCAGCCUGGCCUCCCAUCCACCCUGAGCUAUAGCAUCUCUUGCCACACUGCUUCCUUUGCUUCCCCAACAGUCUCCUCUCUCUCCUGCUCCCUCCAACUCCCAGCCCUGCCUCUGAGUCACCUGCCACUCCCACCCAGCCUCUGUGCUCUGCAAUCCUGCCAGAACCGGAGACUCAUCUAAUUUCUAUAAUUAAGUGUAUUCAUUUACCUAACGAGCCCGAGAGCACAACAGGUUUGUGAGUCACUGAGUGAGCCAGGCUAUACCCGGGUAGAGGCAGCUGAGGGGAUGUGGGGACAGAAGCCAGCUUGCCCCCCACCUGCUCCUGCUCAGAGAGAGGGCUGGGAUACAGGUUCUCCCCCCUCCCUGCAGUGCAUGCGCAGGGCUCUUCAGCCUCACCCCCAAAUUCCAGGAACACCUCAGCCAAGACAUUUCCUGCCUCACCUGAUGGGAAUGAGACCUGACAGCAAUGCCGUGCGCCUGGCAAUUUUUAGAGCCAGAUUAUGCAACUUUGUAGAGGGAACGACUGAGGGAGGCCUG